GAGUGGCUGAAGCACGCCCAGGGAACCGCAUCCAUUCAGCAGAAGGGGAAGGAGCACAGGGAGAGAGGAGGAGUUGAAGGGGUGGGAGUGGACGCCACUGUGUGUGUGUGUGCCUGCGUGUGUGUGUGAGUGUGUGCGUGCGUGUGUGUGUGUGUGCGUGUGUGUGCAGGCAAGUGCGAGCAGGCAUGAGAAGCAGGCAGGGAGAGAGAAGAGAGAGCCAGCUCUAUGAGCAGAAAGCCACUGCACCUCAACUCCGGGAGGCUGGAUGGCAACUUCUCAUAAAGAUGCCAGCAGUGGCUGCGGAGAGGCCGGUGCCGUCUCGCUCCUGAGAAGCCAGGGCAGCUGCCGGGGCAGGGGUGGGAGCACAGCCAGGGUGGGUCAUCCCAGAGGGCAAUGUGGCCACCCAGACGGGGCUGCAUCCUCAGGCGACUGGGUCUGAGGGUCUUCCGGAGGACCACACUCCUCUUUGCCCUCUUCUGGUUCGGGUUCUGGGUGUUUCUCAAUGGCCUGGUCUUUGUACACAGGACCAUUUUCUCCGAUUUCUGCACCGACGACAAGAGCAAGCAGGUCCUUCAGAGAGUGUGCGAGGAGUACAAACAGGGCGUCCUGACAGGAGACCUCUGUGAGGACCUGUGUGUGACCAGGCAGCUUGAGUACAAGCGCUGCUUGUACUUUGAGAACGGCAAGAAGGUGAUUGAGGCCAAGUGGCGCGGCGUGCCCGUUGUGCUGAAGUCGAAGCUGGAGAACUUCUCCUCCUAUGAGAGCUUCAGCCUGCUGGAGUACCAGGACGCCCCCGACCUCUCGCCCAUGGACAUCGUGUUCUACGCCAUGCUGGAGAUCAAGAGCUCCCUGGGGCUGGAGGUGCGGAACACCACGGUGCCCCAGCUGUGGAGCCAGCGCCUGCGGGAGCGCGGCCGGCCUUACUCCCGCGCCGAGCUGGCCUCCCUCUGGUCGCUGCUCCAGCAGGAGGAGUACGCCUUCUUCAAAAUCCUGCAGGACCUCAGUCGGCAUGUAGUGAAGGUGCUGGGGUCCUGCGGGCACUUCUACGCUGUGGAGUACCUCAUCGCCGGCCACGCCUGGAACCAGAACCUCUUCUCCCUGGAGGAGAUUUCAGGCCUGUCUGGGUCAGCAGGGGAUGGAACCUCCUCCUCCUCCUUCUCCAGCUCCUUCUCUUCAGGUCAUGGGUUUUGGAUGGAGAGGGACAUGGUGCACCAGAUUGCCCUCAGUUUCCUUGAAAUGGUGCGGCAUUUCGAGAAUGACUUCUCUCACCGCCUCCACCUCUGCGACAUCAAGCCAGAGAACUUUGCCAUCAGGAAGGAUCUCACGGUAGUGGCCAUUGAUGUAGACAUGGCUUUCUUUGAGCCCAAAAUGCAGGACAUUCUCGAGCAGAACUGCACCAGUGACGAUGACUGCAACUUUUUUGACUGCAUCUCGAAGUGCGAUGUGCAUAAAAACAAGUGCGGCUCAAAACGAAUUAACAGCAACCUCCAGGUGAUCUGUGACAAGAUUUUCAGACACUGGUUCUCGCCCACACUGCUGGGUGCCAGAGCCGGGUUCCCCCUGCAGGUGGCGCUGCAGCGGGCGGUGCAGGACUGUGCAGAGACAGCGGAGGGCGAGGAGGUGGGCCACAGCCGCACAAUCCAGCAUCGCCUGCUCACCCUCCUAAAACAGCUCCUCCGGGACGGCCUGAGACAGAGAGACGGGCAGGGGGACGCAGAGGGACAUGCCCACACAGCACUAAACUUCUAACAGACUAACCAGCCUCCCUGUGAUGGCAGGGCUGACAUACAUCUUGACAUGUGCCUGCUAAGACAGAAGAAGGAUGGGACAUUUUGACAUUACGGCAUAUUUCAAUGCAUCAUUUGGAGUUUGGUUGAAGAAAACAGGGACAGUGAUGGAGAUAUGCAUUAAUGCAUUAUAGAACUGCUGAUAGAUACUAUAUGGGUUCAAUAACUGAAUUUGUAUUUUGGAAAAUGGAGUAGUCGAGAAAUGAGCAUAAAAGAGUUAUGUCAUAUUUUGUCCUGCCAUUGAUAACAUGCUCACCACUACAAACCUUUGAGACAAAUAAAAUUUAUUUUGGGAAUCA